AUGGCUGCAACUUACAAAGACAGAAACUUCGUAGCUGUUAUCGGAGAUGAGGACUCAGUUACGGGACUAUUGUUGGCCGGUGUAGGCCAUAUAAAUACACAACAAAAGUCAAACUUCUUGGUUGUGGAUGCUAAAACACCGUUAUCGAAAAUAGAAGAAACCUUCAUGGAGUUCACGAAAAGAAAGGAUAUAGCCAUUGUUUUAAUAAAUCAGCAUAUUGCUGACCUUAUAAGACCGCUAGUAGACGACUAUGACCAAGCCUUUCCAACUGUUCUUGAGAUUCCAUCGAAGGAUCAUCCAUACGAUUCUGAGAAAGACAGCGUACUUAAGAGAAUACAAAGGCUGUUUGGUGAAUAA